AUGAAGAUCAGGUCACUCCUGGUCGCCUUCGCCACGGCGACCACGGUUAUGGCAAGCCCCACUUUUGGCUGGGGAGGGGGGGGAGGCUCGAUCUGCCUCUGGAAGACCUCCUGUGGAGGCAGCUGCGUAGACUGCAACGUUGACACCAACCAUUGUGGUGUCUGCAACAACAAGUGUCCGGACGGCCAGAAAUGCGUGGGAGGCAAGUGUAUCACCAAGUGUUGGCCCGGUCAGACGCAAUGCGGCGGCAACUGUGUCGACUGCGGCGGCAAUAACGACCACUGCGGAAAAUGCGACAAUAAGGACGGCCAGACGGAAUGCAACGGUCAAUGCGUAAACACGGGUUCGGACAACAACAACUGCGGCGCCUGCGGCACCAAGUGCAAGGACGGCGAGAAGUGUAACGGCGGCAAGUGCGAGCCUACCGGCCCGACGUGCAACCCGCCCGAGGUCAACUGUAACGGCCAGUGCUCGAACCCGAACACGGACUCGUCGAACUGCGGUGCCUGCGGUACCAAGUGCAAGGACGGCGAGAAGUGCAACGGCGGCAAGUGCGAGCCUACCGGCCCUACAUGCAACCCGCCCGAAUUCAACUGCAACGGCCAGUGCUCGAACCCGAACACGGACUCUUCGAACUGCGGUGCCUGCGGCACCAAGUGCAAGGACGGCGAGAAGUGUAACGGCGGCAAGUGCGAGCCCACCGGCCCUACGUGCAACCCGCCCGAGGUCAACUGUAACGGCCAGUGCUCGAACCCGAACACGGACUCUUCGAACUGCGGUGCCUGCGGUACCAAGUGCAAGGACGGCGAGAAGUGCAACGGUGGCAAGUGCGAGCCUACCGGCCCGACGUGCAACCCCGGCGAGACGCUCUGCAACGGCAAGUGUGUCGACACUGGCAGCGACGGCUCGAACUGCGGAGCCUGCGGCACCAAGUGUGCCGACGGCGAGACGUGCGAGGGCGGCAAGUGCACUCCCGGCGUCCCUGUCUGCAAGCCCGGCCAGACUGCCUGCAACGGCAAGUGUGUCGACACUUCCACUGACGGCUCCAACUGCGGCGCCUGCGGUACCAAGUGCAAGGACGGCGAGAAGUGCAACGGUGGCAAGUGCGAGCCCACCGGACCCGUCUGCAACCCCGGCGAGACGCUCUGCAACGGCAAGUGUGUCGACACUGGCAGCGACGGCUCGAACUGCGGAGCCUGCGGCACCAAGUGCGCCGACGGCGAGACGUGCGAGGGCGGCAAGUGCACUCCCGGCGUCCCUGUCUGCAAGCCCGGCCAGACUGCCUGCAACGGCAAGUGUGUCGACACUUCCACUGACGGAUCCAACUGCGGCGCCUGCGGUACCAAGUGCAAGGACGGCGAGAAGUGCAACGGUGGCAAGUGCGAGCCCACCGGACCCGUCUGCAACCCCGGCGAGACGCUCUGCAACGGCAAGUGUGUCGACACUGGCAGCGACGGCUCGAACUGCGGCGCCUGCGGCACCAAGUGUGCCCUCGGUGAGACGUGCGAGGGCGGCAAGUGCACGCCUGGCGUCCCUGUCUGCAAGCCCGGCCAGACUGCCUGCAACGGCAAGUGUGUCGACACUUCCACUGACGGCUCCAACUGCGGCGCCUGCGGCACCAAGUGCGCCCACGGCGAGACCUGUGAGGGCGGCAAGUGCACUCCCGGCGUCCCUGUCUGCAAGCCCGGUGAGACUGUCUGCAACGGCAAGUGUGUGAACACUGGCAGCGACGGCUCCAACUGCGGCGCAUGCGGCACCAAGUGCGCCGAUGGCGAGACGUGCGAGGGCGGCAAGUGCACACCCGGCGUCCCUGUCUGCAAGCCCGGCCAGACUGUCUGCAACGGCAAGUGUGUCGACACUGGCAGCGACGGCUCCAACUGCGGUGCCUGCGGCACCAAGUGCGCCGAUGGCGAGACGUGCGAGGGCGGCAAGUGCACACCCGGCGUCCCUGUUUGCCAGCCCGGCCAGACUGUCUGCAACGGCAAGUGUGUCGACACUGGCAGCGACGGCUCCAACUGCGGUGCCUGCGGCACCAAGUGCGCCGAUGGCGAGACGUGCGAGGGCGGCAAGUGCACACCCGGCGUCCCUGUUUGCCAGCCCGGCCAGACUGUCUGCAAUGGCAAGUGUGUGAACACGGACACCGACAGCUCCAAUUGUGGCAAGUGUGGCACUCAGUGCCCGAGCGGCCAGUCUUGCAAGAACGGCAAGUGCGAGCCGACUUCGACUUGCAACCCCACGGAGACCGACUGCGACGGCAAGUGCGUCAACACAGGCACCGAUGUCAACAACUGCGGUAGCUGCGGCCACAAGUGCGCAUCAGGGGAGAGCUGCAAGAGCGGCGUCUGCACGCCCGGCGUCCCUGUCUGCCAGCCCGGCCAGACUGCCUGCAACGGCAAGUGUGUCGACACCUCGACUGACGGCUCCAACUGCGGCGCUUGUGGUACUCAGUGCAAGGACGGCGAGAAAUGUCAGGGUGGCAAGUGCACACCCUCCACCACCUGCAAGCCUGGUCAGACUCUCUGCAACGGCAAGUGUGUGAACACUGACAGCGACACCUCGAACUGCGGCGCCUGUGACUCCAAGUGCAAGGCUGGCGAGAAGUGUGAGGGAGGCAAGUGUCUGUCUCCCUGCCGCCCCGAUCAGACUUUGUGCGACGGCGUGUGCGCCACCACCGGCUCUGACCCGAGCAACUGUGGUGCCUGCGGCGUUAAGUGCCCCGGCGGCUUCAUCUGCGAGAAUGGCAAGUGCAAUGCCCGUUGUGUCAACGGCCAGAUCCAGUGCGGCGACAGCUGUGUCAACCCGACCAACGACGAGGACCACUGCGGCGGCUGCGGGAACAAGUGCGAAGUCGGCCAGCACUGCGUCAACUCAAAGUGCGAGGGGACCGGCUGCCCUCCGAACCAGCUCAAGUGCGACGGAAAGUGCGUUGACCCCAACAACAAUAAUCAGAACUGCGGCGCCUGCGGCACUGUAUGCCCUCCUGGCCGCGACUGCCGCGGCGGUAAAUGCACCCUCGGCUGCCGUCCCGACCAGACCGAGUGCGGUGACAACUGUGUAACCACAGGCACGGACUCGAACAACUGCGGCAGCUGUGGCAACAAGUGCAAGGAAGGCGAGAAGUGUGACGGCGGCAAGUGCACGCCCGUCAAUCCUUGCAAGCCUGGCGAGACGCUCUGCAACGGCAAGUGUGUCAACACGUCGUCUGACGGCUCCAACUGCGGUGCCUGCGGCACCAAGUGCGCCGACGGCGAGAAGUGCGACGGUGGCAAGUGCACGCCUGGCGGCCCUGUUUGCCAGCCCGGCCAGACGCUCUGCAACGGCAAGUGCGUCGACACGUCGACUGACGGCUCCAACUGCGGCGCCUGCGGCACCAAGUGCAAGGACGGUGAGAAGUGCGAGGGCGGCAAGUGCACGCCCGGCGGCCCAGUUUGCCAGCCCGGCCAGACGCUCUGCAACGGCAAGUGUGUCGACACCUCGACCGACGGCUCCAACUGCGGCGCCUGCGGCACCAAGUGCAAGGACGGUGAGAAGUGCGAGGGCGGCAAGUGCACGCCCGGCGGUCCAGUUUGCCAGCCCGGCCAGACGCUCUGCAACGGCAAGUGUGUCGACACCUCGACCGACGGCUCCAACUGCGGCGCCUGCGGCACCAAGUGCAAGGACGGUGAGAAGUGCGAGGGCGGCAAGUGCACUCCCGGCGGCCCAGUUUGCCAGCCCGGCCAGACGCUCUGCAACGGCAAGUGUGUCGACACCUCGACCGACGGCUCCAACUGCGGCGCCUGCGGCACCAAGUGCAAGGAUGGUGAGAAGUGUGACGGCGGCAAGUGCACUCCCGGCGGCCCUGUUUGCCAGCCCGGUGAGACUCUCUGCAAUGGCAAGUGCGUGAACACGGACACGGACACGUCCAACUGCGGAGCCUGCGGCACCAAGUGUGCCGACGGCGAGAAGUGCGACGGUGGCAAGUGCAUCCCCGCCGGCCCUGUUUGCAACCCCGGCGAGACUCUCUGCAACGGCAAGUGCGUUAACACGAACACCGACACCUCGAACUGCGGAGCCUGCGGUACUAAGUGCGCCGACGGCGAGAAGUGCGACGGUGGCAAGUGCAUCCCCGCCGGCCCUGUCUGCAAGCCCAACGAGACUCUCUGCGACGGCAAGUGCGUUAACACGAACACCGACACGUCUAACUGCGGCGCCUGCGGCAACAAGUGCGCCGACGGCGAGAAGUGCGACGGUGGCAAGUGCACACCUAGCGGGCCCGUCUGCAACCCCGGCCAGACUCUCUGCAACGGCAAGUGCGUGGACACGAACACCGACACCUCGAACUGCGGCGCCUGCGGCAACAAGUGCGCCGACGGCGAGAAGUGCGACGGUGGCAAGUGCACACCUAGCGGGCCCGUCUGCAACCCCGGCCAGACUCUCUGCAACGGCAAGUGCGUGGACACGAACACCGACACCUCGAACUGCGGCGCCUGCGGCAACAAGUGCGCCGACGGCGAGAAGUGCGACGGUGGCAAGUGCACACCUAGCGGGCCCGUCUGCAACCCCGGCCAGACUCUCUGCAACGGCAAGUGCGUGGACACGAACACCGACACGUCCAACUGCGGCGCCUGCGGCAACAAGUGCGCCGACGGCGAGAAGUGCGACGGUGGCAAGUGCACACCUAGCGGGCCCGUCUGCAACCCCGGCCAGACUCUCUGCAACGGCAAGUGCGUUAACACGAACACCGACACGUCUAACUGCGGCGCCUGCGGCAACAAGUGCGCCGACGGCGAGAAGUGCGACGGUGGCAAGUGCACACCUAGCGGGCCCGUCUGCAACCCCGGCCAGACUCUCUGCAACGGCAAGUGCGUGGACACGAACACCGACACGUCCAACUGCGGCGCCUGCGGCAACAAGUGCGCCGACGGCGAGAAGUGCGACGGUGGCAAGUGCACGCCCAGCGGUCCUGUUUGCCAGCCCGGCCAGACUCUCUGCAACGGCAAGUGCGUCAACACGGACACCGACACGUCCAACUGUGGCGCCUGUGGUACUAAGUGCGCCGACGGCGAGAAGUGCGACGGCGGCAAGUGCACGCCCGUCAAUCCUUGCAAGCCUGGCGAGAAACUCUGUGACGGCAAGUGCAUCAACCCGCAGAACGACAACAACAACUGUGGGGCUUGCGGUAACAAGUGCGGGAACGGCCAGGUCUGCGAGUCCGGUACCUGCACCAACAAGUGUCAGCCGGGCCAGAUCCUGUGCAACGGCAAGUGCACCGACACGAACACGGACUCAAGCAACUGCGGAUCGUGUGGUAACAAGUGCGGUGACGGGAAGACCUGCAACGCUGGCAAGUGCGAGUCUACCAACCCAUGCCGUCCCGGCCAGACGCUUUGCAACGGCAAGUGUGUCGAUACGAGCUCCGACUCGCACAACUGCGGCCAGUGUGGCAACAAGUGCGCUUCCGACUGCUCCUGCGUUGGCGGCAAGUGCACCACCAAGUGCAAGGACGGCCAAACGCUCUGCAACGGCAAGUGUGUUGAUACCAACACGGACUCGAACAACUGUGGCAAGUGUGGUAACAAGUGUACGUGGGACUGCACAUGCACAGGCGGCGAGUGCACGGACAAGACCAAGCUCUGCUGCGCGCAAAAGGACUCGUGCGGCAAGAGCCUGAAGAAGUCAUCCAGCAACGUUUGGGGUCACACGCUCACCUGCACUUACGGUUCCGGAUGGUGGCACUGGAAGAAGGGCCAGGUUGAGGAGCGCACGUUCGGCAAGCUCAGCUCUUGCGUCUACGACUCGAAGACUGGCGCGCUCAGUGGCGCGUCGUGGUGGAACUCAUGCUGCCCGAAGACGCUCGCCAAGUGCUGA